AUGGAGAGUUUGCCUGAACAGUUCGAUGUCGUCAUUUUGGGGACAGGUUUACCUGAAUCGAUUAUCGCAGCAGCCUGUGCUAGGGCAGGGUUUUCAGUUCUUCAUUUGGACAGGAACGAUUUUUACGGUGGGAAGUGGGCGUCCUUCAACUUGCACAGCAUUUAUGACUGGUCGAAAAGGUUGCGGACCACUGGUACAGUCAGUGACGUUGUGAUAGAUAAAAGGCUUCUGAAAGAAAAUGAGGAGUUACUUGUUGUUAAUGAAGUAGAGGACGUAUCUGAUGUCCGUUUGGAGUGGCAUAUAGACGAGCGUUCAGGAUGUGCCAAUGCUAAUGACAUUCUCCUAAAGGAAAGAAUUGAGAAGGAUUGGCGCCUUUACAACAUCGAUCUUUUACCUAAAUUACUUCUUUCUCGAGGGGAAAUGGUGCAGCUGUUAUGUGAUUCUUCGGUGUCUAAGUACUGCCAGUUCAAAUGUGUCGAUCGGUUACUCUGUUAUUACAAUGAGAAGCAACGUAAUGUAGAUGAUUAUGAGCAGGAUUUGCAUGUGGUUCCUUGUUCUAGGGCCGAGAUUUUCCAAACUAGUGAGCUGUCGUAA